AAGGAAAGCAAAUCCUAAUCCAACUGUUAGACCUGACUAUCUCGUCAUUAUAUACAUUUCUCUGGUGUAACUUCAGUGUGACAUAGUUCUCUGUUGGUUGGUCUGGUCAAUAUUUGUCAAAGGUUUGGAAUCUAUUCAGUAAUUCCAGGCAGAGAGGAGAAGAGUGAAUGAUGCCAAUGUCUGGAGAAUUGUCCCUUGUCCUGACCUUUGGCAUGAUGUUGGGGUUGGCGAUCCUGCUGUUUUUUCUGUUUAGGCCGCUUGGCUCUGCGGACCCCCGGAACAUUAACCGCAGCGCUAUAAGACUGGGGAAGAAGCUGGGCGAAGGUUCCUUUGGAGAGGUCUAUCAAGGCCUUUAUAACAACACUCCAGUUGCAGUGAAGACCCUUAUACCUGGCACCAUGGACCCUCGGGACUUCCUAAAAGAGGCCCAGAUCAUGAAGACUAUGCAGCAUCCCAACCUCAUCCAGCUCUUGGCUGUCUGCACUGAAGAACCUAUCUAUAUCAUCACUGAGCUAAUGAAGAACGGAAGUCUGCUUAAUUACCUGAAGGUCAGGGUUGGAAGGCUACGCUUAUAUGACCAGAUUGAGAUGGCAGCCCAAGUGGCUUCCGGGAUGGAUUAUCUGGAGAUGAAGAACUACAUCCACAGGGACCUGGCAGCCAGGAAUGUGCUGGUUGGCGAGAACAACGUCUACAAGGUGGCUGACUUUGGCCUUGCCAGGGUCUUACAAGCCACACCAAUGCUUUCCAGUCAGAGCAAAUUGUAUUAUAUACCUGUAGGGAAAGCGAUAUUCCCUUUGAGAUGGACGGCUCCUGAGGCCAUCGCCAACGAGAAGUUCACCAUCAAGUGUGACGUGUGGUCCUUCGGAAUCUUGCUGUAUGAGAUCAUGACCUUUGGGAAGAAUCCCUAUCCAGACCUGAACAACUCCCAGGUGAAACGGAUGGUUCCCAAUGGGUACAGGAUGCCUUGCCCUGUUGACCCCUACUGUUCCAAAGACGUGUACAAGAUCAUGUUGGACUGCUGGAAGGAGAAUAAACAUGACAGGCCCACUUUCAGGUCUCUAAAAAUGAGGCUGAGGAAAGUUUGUGGUUGAAGGUUUAUGUAAUCAUUCUUCAGUAUCGAUUAAAUAGCAGUAAUUAUAUGUAUGUUAGAGUCUUGUUUCUCAGCUUUUUGAGAGUCUGGAAUGUUCCUUAGUCUUGAGUAAUACACAACACUAUCUUAAAUUGCUACCAUGACCACAUUGCUGAUUUUACUGACUGCACUGUGAAGGGAAAAAAGUUGAUGUCAUCUCUGUUGUCUUCAGACAUGGUGUGUGCUUCCACAUUAAACCUUUUCUUCUGCCUUU